UCGUAACCUGACUACAUGAUUAAGAGAUAAUUAAGGUUAUACGGCAUUGCCAAAAGCCAACCAUGUCACACAAGUCUGGUAUUUACUUCUCUUGUUGUUUGCUCCUUGUACCGGCUGUUACUUCAUUCUGAGCCAGAGCUGAUAGAGAAAGAUCAACCGUGUGAAAUAAGUUUCAGGUUGUCUUUGUUCCCCUUCUCUUUGUAUCGUUUCCCUCACAAACCUUACCACUUUUUCAGUGCAUUAUUUCUAUUCCAUUUUCAUGUUCUCUGAGUUGGUCAGAGAAGACACUCCACAGUCCACCCCCAUUUAUUUUGUUUACACUUUUACCAUAAUCUGUCAUCUCUCUCUCUCAUCAAACUCGUAAAUCCAAGCUCCCACUUAAAACUCUCUCCCCAAGAUUGAGACCCUUCAUUUUUUGGACUUUGCACACUUUUCACAUCAAUCCCCCAUCACCCAUAUUUGCAGAAACACCAAGUUUCCCUCCUCUCACCUUUUCUCAUUUGGUAUGUUCAGUUCUUCAAUCCUCUUAAAUUUAUUGAUCCUAGAUUGCGAGAAUCCACUUAUUAGAUUUCUAACAAGAUCCGAUCCUGGUGAAUUAAUUCCAUCACAUAGUUUCAGAUAUGCUCAUAAUGUUUUAAUUUUAAUAAAAUCUCAGAUAUGAUUUCCUUGCCUUUUGAGUUUAUUGUGGGUAUAGGCAGUAAAAAAACAUGCACAAAGUAUAGAAGAAUCUCAAAGACAAUGGACACGUGGAGCCAUUACACAGCCCCCCGAAAUCUGAAACACAUACAAGCUUUUAAAAUUCGAAUCCAAUCCACCAACCUUGUUUCAUAGGACACAUAUAUAAAUACAAACCAAAUUAUAACCCCAUCCACAUGAUAAAAAAAACAAACACACACUACACUAAGUUCAGAUCACAGAGAGACAAAGAUAUGGAACAAGAGGGAGAAAAAGGGAGAGAGGAGAAAAGACAAAUUCAACAACAGCAACCUCCUCCUCAGCAGCAUCAGAAAUGUCCACGCUGCGAUUCCAUGAACACCAAGUUCUGCUACUUCAACAACUAUAGCCUCUCGCAGCCUCGUCAUUUCUGCAAAGCGUGUAAAAGGUACUGGACACUCGGUGGAACCUUCAGGAACAUACCCGUUGGUGGCGGUUCCCGCAAAGUGAAGCGUGGCAAAACAAAUUCUCCAUCUUCUUCUUCUUCUUCUUCUUCUUGUUCAAAUUUGCUCUCACAGCCACAGCAGAAUCUGUUGAUGAGGCCUUCUCCACCACCACUCACUACUAAUACUAUGGUUCAGUCAACUAGUCCUUAUUAUUAUAAUCUUGGUGUUGGUGGAAAUGGGUAUCUCUCUUUUCAUUCUUCUCUGAACAACAACACACCAUCACAGCCUUCCGAUCAGUAUCUGAAAGUUGGUGGUGGUGAUCAUGUUGCUGGUUCUUCUAAUAUUUCUCCUCUUGUGUCUGGCUUCAAUAACGCUGCUAGUUAUUCGCUUCCACCGCGAUUCCACCACCAGCAGCAGCAACAAUCUAUGCAUUCUGCACAACAACAACAACAACGUUUGAUUAACAUUCCAUCAAACAUGGCUAGUAGUAGCAGUGAUGUUUCUCAUUCUGGUGUUCGCCCGCAAAGCUUGAUCAACAAUGUUUCAACAAGUACAGACCAUAAUGUUUCAACAAGUACAAACCAUAGGGCUAUUACUACUUCUGAUGCUUCUUUGUGGAGUGCUGCUACUAUCAACGCCACUUCCAUCGGUGGAAACUCUGAUCAGAACAAUGUCGUCAAAGGGAGUUCUUCUUCUUCUUCUUCUUUGGUCCCAAAUCUUUGGCUUCAUCGCCCUGGGUUUGGUCCUCCUCAAUAAUUUUGCAGCACUAGCACCCUUAAAAUGAAGAGAUAGAGAAUGAUUAAUAUAUUUUGUCUUGUCACCACCUUCAUGUGUUAGAUUUCCUUCUACUAUCAUAAUAAGGUAGCCAAUAUUAUUUCAGUUUUUAGUUAAUUUAUUAGCAGGAGUUUUGGAGA